AUGAUUUUUCCUCCAGAUGUCGUCGAUUCGCGGGAUUUGUUCAUGCUCGCCGCAGUUGCCGUGGAACAGCAGCCUCUUCUCACCAAGGAAGUUGUACUCGAGGAAGAUUCAGAUGUUGAGGACAUUACCGAUCAAGUGAAGGGGAGGAAAUGUGGCUCGCGCAAGAGGGCCUUGUCCGUAGAUUGUGAGGCCGAAAAUUCUUUGAAACGAGCCAAGGAUGAAGCUGGGAAGGUGGUGGCCACUUAUUCGGUGUCGAAGAUCGAACGGAAAUUCAGCAAAGAAAAUGCUAAAGUGGCGGAUGCUUCUGGGUCGGCCAUCGCUCCAAUGCCUCGCCGCAUUUACCCGUUCCCAAAACCAGCUCAAGGCAUCCAAAAAUCCAUCAAAUCUAUACCGGACGUCGACAUCAGCUGGAUUCCCAAAUCAUACCGAAAAAGAAGCAGCACCUCACCCGACACUCCCAUGCAUAAGCUAUUCUUGUCCGAGUGCAAUUACCUCCUACCGGAAUACCACGAAAAUGGGGCUGUGAGAAGGAGGAACCAAAACGAGCGUGAGGAAUUUUUGAAUGCUGAUGAGUGGGCUGAAGUCCGUGGGGGUUAUGAGGUGAGAUGCAAGGCAUGCAAACGCGACAUCUCGCUCGACCCCCGUGAAGGCAUGUACUACGCGAACCUGUGGAUCAAACAUAGGUCAUCGUGCCCAGGCGUUUACAGCUCUUGGCUUGAGAGGAACGGUUGGAGUCGAGAUUCAGACAAGGAUUGGUUUCGGAACAAAAGGAUAAUGCAUUGA